GAGAGAGACAGCCAUUACAGAGAGAGUGAGCUUGACGAGAGAGAAAGAAGAAGAACAGAGAGAGAGAGAGAGAGAGAGAGAGAGUUAACGCUGUUAAAUUUGCCGUUACUAUAUGAAAGCAAAACUAUGGUGUCAGACCAGGAUAUAGCUAGAGGUGUUGAGAUUUUGCUCCGUCAAUCAGACCCUAACGCCGUUACAUCGUUAAACGGCGUCGUACAGCAGCUCGGAGCAAAACUUGGACAGGAUCUUUCACAUAAAGCGGAGUUCAUCAGUGAUCAGAUCAGUCUUCUCCGAUCACAGCCACCGCAGCUUAUAUCUCCUCCGUCGAUGGUUAAAGACCAUUUUGCCCUCUUGAACCACCCACAAUUUGCUAACACACAAGCUCAACAGCAGUUUUAUUCCCAUUUUGUCCUUCAACAACAACAUCAUCACCAGCAGCAGCAGCAGCAACUCUACUUUCAGCACCAUGUACCUCCACUGCUGUCUCCGCAGCAGCAGAACCAGCAGCACCGGCAACCACCGUCACUGCAGCAUCAAGCUCCGCCGCCGGUGGUGGUGAGAACAGCUGCUGCUUCUGCUCCAGCUCAGCACGCGUCGUCAAAUGUCGCUUCUGCCCCCAAGGAAAGUGCUACUUCUGGAACAAAAAGGAGAGGCGGACCAGGUGGUCUUAACAAAGUCUGUGGUGUUUCACCUGAACUUCAGGCCAUUGUUGGUCAACCCGCAAUGCCCAGGACAGAGAUUGUGAAGCAGCUGUGGGUGUACAUCAGGAAACACAACUUACAGGAUCCUGGUAACAAGCGAAAGAUUAUCUGCAACGAUGCUCUGCGAGCAGUCUUUGAAACAGAUUGCACUGACAUGUUCAAGAUGAAUAAGCUGCUGGCUAAACAUAUCACUGCCCUCGAUCCUUCAAAACAAGCUGAUCAAGCUAAAAGAUUGAAGGUUGAAGGUGAUUCCGUUGCUGCUAAGGUUGAAGAACCUGGCUCAUCCACUGUUACGAUAUCUGAUGCGCUCGCCAAAUUUUUUGGAAGUGAAGAAAAGGAGAUACUCCAACCAGAUGCCUUGAAACGUAUUUGGGAGUAUAUAAAGCUUAACCAACUUGAGGAUCCUGUGAAUUCUAUGGUGAUCGUGUGUGAUGCAAAGCUUCAGGAACUCCUACAAUGUGAAAGUCUUUCUGCCACGGAACUACCCGAGAUGCUGGCACGUCGUCAUUUUGUCUAGCAAUGACUAUACGUCUACAUAAUUAUGGUAUUUCAGGUCAUAGCUGUCUAGUUGUUCAAUGACUCACUAAUGUUUCUGAAGAUUUAUCUUGGUUUUUAGGUAAUUUUAGUUUGUUAACAUAGUUAGAAAUCUGGAUUGAUCUGCUCCCGGGCUUAUGGCGGAAGGUUGUUUUUGUAAUUAUGCCAUGGCCUUGAUCUAGGUUCACUAGCCUCCUUUGUUCUUGUAAAAUCCUGGCAUUCUUAAUAUAUGGAUAGUAGGAACAUUAACACGUUGGAAGUAAGAUGUACAUGUCAGGUCUACAAUAUACAUUGGAGAGUAUAGUUCUCUUUCGUCUUUGUUAUAAAAUUUCCAAUUUCGUA